AUGACUAACAGAUUUCCGCCUUAUUAUUAUAAUCCAUAUUGUAGGAUCUAUUCAGAAAAUUCAAAGAAUGAUCCCGAGUCAGCUGUUCUUCAUGAUAACUUAUCAUCAUCCGUAAUAUCAAUCGAUACACCAUGCGGGUUAUUUAAUGAUAAACACCAACUUCAUGUCAUCCCACAUCCUGCAAAACAAAAUGUAUUCAUGAACAGAAUCUCUUACGAUACGCGAAGUGACACAUAUUAUGAAAAUGGGAUUAAGUACAUCGAAUUUUGGGAUCGUGGUGCCUAUUCACAUGAAAAUUUAAUUUAUGUUUAUGAUUUCUCUGAGGACAGGACAAAUUAUAAAGACAUGGUUGCCUUAUAUCCUAAUAAUUUACGUACAUAUCCGUCAAUAAUUUAUAAAUUUGAUUACACUUCUUGCGAAAACUUUGAAAUCACUUCAUUGUCUUUAAAAUUAAAUUGUGUCGAUGAUAACUUUGAUAGCAAUUGGAUAAUUUCCAUUUCGACCAAUUUCAAUUUUAAGGAUUGCGUAUGGAUAACUGUCGAUGAAAGUAUUGACCAUCCUAAUAAGCUGCACAGCUUAACAAGAUACGUGAGGAAUAAGAGAGUUUUUUACAUCAAAUUCGAAAUUAAAGUUUCGGGUAAAAGUCUUAAUUUUGAAAGAAAUAUAAAUCUAUUUCCUCAGUCAAAGUAUUACUUUGAAAAUGAUGAUUAUAAUGUCAAGGAUAAUUUUGAAUUGGAUAUUAUCGUUGAAUUCUCUCCACAGAGAUCUAAUGUUUUAUCAAAAAUGUUAAAUUUAAAUGUGAGAUCAAAGGAAAGAGAAAUUCCUAUUCGAUCGUUAAAUUGUAUCAACAGUAAAGUUAAAUGUGGGUUGUUUAAUGAUAAAUAUGCGUUUAACGUUGUACAAUAUGAAAAUAAUCUUUAUACCCACAGCAUUUCAUAUAAUGCUUAUAAAGAUGCCUACUAUGAAAACGGUAACGCCGUCGCCAAGUAUUUGAAAAGAUGGAAUCGUGGAGCUUUUACACACGAAAACAUUUAUUAUUUUCCUGAAUUCUCACAAUCUAGAAGAUCAACCCUUGGCAUGCACAGAAAGACACUUCCAGCUUAUAUUACAUGGAAAUUUGAUUAUCGGCCGGGAAAUUUUUAUAUAAUCUCUUUAGAGCUCAUAAUUAAGUUUCACCAUUCAACUAAUAUAAGGGGAGUUCAAUGGUUUAUACAAUUACUUUCUACGGUGAAAAAUCCAAAUCCCGAAUUCAUGCCUAUCGUUUUUUCUUUGCAAAAAAAUAAAUUGGAUUAUAAUCUAGAUUUAACAGAAAUGGUGAAGGAUGGAUGUGGAUUCAUCUUGAAAGCAUAUAUUAAGGAGAAAGUAGGAUUUCAAAAUAACGAAAUGAUUCAAUUAUUUAAACAGGAUGAAAUAUGUCAUGAAGAGAAAUUUUGUAUGGAUAUCAAAGUAAAGCUGGAACCUAAUAUAAUUUGUGAUCCUAUUCAAUAUAAUGAUACCUUGGAUAAGAAUUUUAUGCUCAAUGAUAAGAUGACUAGUGAUUUUACCAUUAAAUUAACCUAUUCUAAUGAAAGUGAAAGCGAAGCUAAUGUUAAUGAGUUUUACGUCCAUACAGCAAUUCUCGCAUCUGAAUCGGAUUAUUUUAAAGCCUUGCUUAACUCAAAUAUGUUGGAAUCCAAAAAAAAAUGUGUUUACCUUGUUGAUAUUUCUUACUUUAUUCUUGAAAAAAUGCUUUUGUAUAUUUAUACCCAUAAUCUCGAUGAUCAUCUUGAUUUUGAUGUUUUGGUUGAUUUAUUAUACGCUUCUUCAAGAUUUUUCGUACUUCGAUUAAUUCAACUUUGCGAAAUUUUAAUUAGUAAAUUUGUGAAUUAUGAUAAUUUUGAGGAAAUUUUAGAGUUGGCAAAUAAAUGCGGUGCUUUUCAAUUAGCCAAGUAUUGUGAGAAUUUUGUAAGGGCCUGUGAACCCGUUAGGCCAGUUAAAAAAUUUAAAGGAGUAUUUACGAGCUUGGCUCGAAAAAUGAAAAGGUUAUAG